AUGGCGGAUGAAGAAGACGAUUAUCUUUCCGACAAGUUCCUGGUCGAGGCGCCGGCCCCAGCGACAAAGACUACCAAGACAUACUCCCAACGUAGACGAGAUGCGGAGAAAGAAGGACAGAUAAAGAUGCUCGCGAACAGGAUGAAGAGCCGUCGCGAACGCGAGCUCGAAUCGAGGGAAGAGGGGCUCAGCAAGAGUUUGUUUGAUCGCGCCGAGGAAGAGAAAGCGUCGGGUAUUCAAGGCGGAAGUAAUAAGGCGUUGGCGAUGAUGAUGAAGAUGGGAUUCAAACCCGGAGAAGCGCUGGGCAAGAAGGAGGAGCUACCACAAGCCUCGACAUCUGAAACUUCCUCGGACCCUGCGUCGGGGACUGCUACGCCCGAAGAGCGGAAAUCUAGGGCGACGCACAGGAUAGAGCCCUUGCCGGUCAACGAAUGGACAGGCAGGAAAGGUAUUGGACUGGGCAAGAGGACGUUGUCCCCCACAUCUGCGGAGAGCCUGGCGAAGAAGUCCAAACUGUCUGAGGACAUCGGCAAGGUGGAUUCGUUCCGAGACCGUGCACGCCGCGAGCACGAGGAAAGGCGUGCAGAAGGUAUCCUUACACAAGCGCAGCGGACGUGUUGCAGCCUGGACGAGAAGGCUGGAAUGAAUUUCAACGUUUUCUGGCUGAACGCCAACGAUCCGGACACGGUACCCGCGCCGCUGACAGAAGCGCUCAAAAUGCACGAUCCGCCGAUAUUGGUCGUACCCCGAAGGGCGGUGGACGAUACCUACGAAUUUCGUCUACGGCGGCAAAUGCAAGCCGAUGCUUUGCAGCCUCUAGAUAAGGACGCGGACACGGACUUACCGGCCAAAGAGAACGCUGAAGAAGAGUUCUCAACAGAAGCCGUGGAACAAGCGGCACAGUUCUUACAGCUUCCGGCGAAGGACAAACUAGGGAUGGUCUUGGACUACCUGCGACGGAAGUAUUCGUAUUGUUACUGGUGCGGGACCCAAUACGUCGACACGAAUGAUAUGGAACAGAACUGCCCGGGACCGACAGAGGACGAUCACGACUGA